CGGUUAUCCCCGACAGACCUCAAAAUCCGUAGAUUGUCAGGUAUAAAUGGCUCUCUCAGGAUGUGUCAAUUUGUUUUCUGUUGAGUGUCUUGAGCAUAUUUAGCAUCAUUGCAAUUACCAAUAUGAAGUUGGACGCUGUCCGUGAAUGCGUGGCUAGCCUCGUGCAGCGCCAGUCCCUGGUUGCCGUCUUCUUCGGCGGCACUUCAGGGAUAGGCCAUUAUGCGUUGCGUGCUCUGGCGACAGCCGAAGCCAAACACAAGGGAAAGGGGUUCAGGGCAUACCUCGUUGGUCGGAAACGGAGCAGGGGUGACGAGGUUAUUGCCGAGUGUCGACAGAUCUGUCCUGAGGGACGGAUCACCUUCGUGCAGGUGGACGAUCUGUCGCUGAUUCGGGAUGUGGAUAAGGCAUGUGCGGAGAUCAUUCGACUGGAGGAAGAGCAGGGGGGAAACGAUGCCCGGAUUGACUUUUUGAUGGCUAGUCACGGUGGGCCGGUCUUUAUGCCACGGAAAGAUACGGAUGAAGGACUCGAUAAAGCAAUGUCGAUGAUGUACUAUUCCCGCAUGCGAGCCAUCAUCCAGCUCCGUCCGCUGCUUCUCCGCUCUUCGAAGCCGGCUACCGUGGUUUCAGUAUACGCCGGGGGGUUCGAGGAAAAGAUAUACCCCGACAACCUCUCGCUGCGGUAUCCAAUGAAGUACGCCUACUUGCAGGCCCGCUCGCAUAUAGUCUACAUGCACACGGCCUUCUUCGAGGCCCUCGCAGCGGAAAACAAGGGCAGACUCUCUCUGGUCCAUGUGUUUCCUGGCCUUGUGAUCGGCCCAGGAUUCAACGACCCAGAGUACCCGGGUUGGAUCCGGUUGAUGAUGAAAUGGAUCUUAUUCCCUAUCCUCGGGAGACUCGUGGCCGUCGAGCCGGCCGAGUGUGGCGAUCGGAUGCUUAGCCUGGCGUCGCCAAGAUACGCGCCUCGAUCUACCGACAAGCCAACGGUGAAGGACGGUGAGCUUGUCAGAGCCACGAACGGUGAGCUUGGAGGAGGAUGCUAUGCUCUCACGUCAAACGGAGAGGAUAACUUCAAGCCGAAGAUUUAUGCUAAACUCGACAAGGAGAAAUUGCGGCAGCAGAUCGUCGCACAUACCCUCAGAGCUUUUGAGGUGAUUGCGGCCGGGGGUGUUUUCACUGAGUAACUCUGCUUUCUGUAUUUAUUUGGUAGUAAUAUUUGCAUGAAGUAUAUUAGAAAUAUUUCCAGUCA